GGCCAAAUAAAAAAAUAUCAAGUUGGGUCCUCAGUCGAACGAGUGUCUAGACAUUUUCACCUUGCGGUUCCCCCUUGUUCAUCUGCCUUCUCUUGACUGCUGGAAGCCGACUGCCCAUGCUGCCUGUGUGCAGGCCGGUAUCGCGUCGAAGUCCAGUGAGAAGAUUCCGAGAAGCCUGUUCUGCUAGCCAGUCAGACCAGUCUUAUUUGCAGGAUACGUCCCCCAAAUCCCCCACCCGCUGGUUGUCAGGAAUCUCAGUGAAACAUGAUCAGUCACAUGAUGGUGUUUUCCCGUGUGGCGGGUCUAGGCCCAGGUCCCCUUGUGGCCCGCACUCUCCCUCGGCCAUCCACCAUGAGGGCUUUUUCCACGGUUUUACCGAGGCGAAACUCAAAGCUUCCGGAGUCUUUCGACCCCAAGAAAAACCUCCCUUCGCAGGGAGAAUGGAAGCACUUGAAACAACACAUUCCCGGCGAAGCCGAGCAGACAAACACUGUCAGAGACCGCAUUCCAAUGUUCCCUCUAGGAAAAGAAAAUGUACCCACACUUUUGCCCAGGCCGGGCGUGCCCCGCGUCGGGCCCAAUAUGCCGUUCAGCCGGGUCAUCCAGAUCUUGAAGAGCAAAGUCAACCCUGAACUCAUCUACGAGUCCGAGCCCCACCGACUCUACUUUCUUGGAUGCUUCUGCUGCGCGGUGAUGUUCACCAUCUAUGGCUGCGUGCUCCUUGAGUACGCGUGGUUCAAUGCCAACAAGAAGUGGGACGAAAAUGAGCAAGAGUUGGCGUUGCCGUUCCGGAGAAGGCAGUUCGGCAUUGACUUGUUGACCUACGGCUCGUUGGGUGCCGUGGCCUUAUUCGCGGCCUACCAUUUUGCCACAUUCCCAACCAGGCUCAUGAGAAGAAUCUGGUAUCUCCCGGGACCCGUAGAGCACAUCAAAUUCACAUCAUAUCCCUUGAUUCCAGGCAGACCUACUCCAAUGUACACAGUGCCUCUUGAAGAUCUCGCCAGAAGGGACAAGGCCAGAGUGUGGACGGGCAAAGGUUUCUACGGCACUGCCGACAAGUCUUUGUUCUUCUUUGUGCUCAAAGAGAAAUCAACAAACAAGAACUGGAUUGUCGAUAGAAAGGGCUUUUUCUGGUCAGACGGCCGUGUCUUUGAUCUCUUGUUUGGCAAAGAAACGCUAGCGGAGGCCGAGGCCGGUAUUCCAUAUGAUGAGCAAAUCGGUAUAAUUCAUCGCGAAGUGAAGAAGAAGAAGAAGGAACUCAGAGCAAAACACGGAAUAUUCUAUCAGUUCAAGCUUGGGGCACAGGAAGCGCAGAAGGACUUGAAGUCGGCGACGAGCUAUGCCAAAACCUUGGCGGCAAGCAAGAAGCCCAAAGGCUUGCCAAAGGACAAAGAAUAAUGUAAAUAGUUAACCCAACCCUGCUUUCUCGCAGACCACGAAUCUACCUGUUUCUCAAAUAUUAACUGUCGAAUGGCCCGUAAUUGGACAAUCCUGGUGG